AAUAAAGACAAAGUAAAUAAGUAAUGAGUAGAGUCAAUAAUUGAUUAAAAAGAUACCUUUCCCUCUAUCAACCCCAAAAUUACCUCUCAUAAAGUACCAUACAUGAAAGAGAGAGAGAAAGAGAGAGAUGCUUAUAACUUGCCAAUUGCCAUUACUCAAGUGAGAAAGCAAAGUGUGUGCAACUCCAUAAAGUAUUUUUUUCCAUUUCUCUCAUCUUUCUUACUACUACUUGUAUUACUCUUAUUCAAUCUCUAUUCUUUCUUCAUUAUUCCAUGUUCAUUCCCAACAACAAACUCCCCAUGUUUCCAAACAAUAAUCCCAUCUGUUUCAUCCUUUAUUCCUCUUUCAUAAUCAUCCUUACGCUCACUCUCUUCUGUUCAAACUACGUUACACUACCAAUCAACUAAUUAUUUUAAAAUAACAAUUCACCCCGCUCUUGUAGUAUUCAUUGACCCAAAAAAAAUGUUACGCUACGAAUGGAACAAUCAUUCCCCCCCUCCCCCUAAUCUAAUCCUCUCCGACAUCGAUCUCCACCACCACCAUCAUCAUCAUCAUAAUCAUAACAACAAUCAUGAAUUCACCACCCCAUCACACCAUCACAACCACCACCACCACCACCGUCCAAUCUUCGACGACUCGUUCUCAAUACCCUACGAAAACACUCCCCCACAAAUCCCACUCUUCUCCGACCCACGUGGGUUCCCAACAGCCGGUUCAUCCUCCUUACUAACCCUUGAGUCACUGUCCUCCGUCAUGCAAAUCCCCAAAACCGAACCGGAUCUUUUUACGAACCGUCCCAUUGGUUUGAACUUAGGCCGGCGUACUUACUUCUCCGCCGAUGAUGACCUCGUCAGCCGGCUCUACCGCCGGUCUAGGGCGGUCGAACCGGCGUUGCACUCACCUAAAUGUCAAGCUGAAGGUUGUAAUGCUGACCUUAGCCAUGCUAAGCAUUACCACCGUCGUCAUAAGGUUUGCGAGUUUCACUCUAAAGCUUCUACAGUAAUCGCCGCCGGGUUAACUCAGCGUUUCUGCCAGCAGUGCAGCCGGUUUCAUCUGCUAUCGGAAUUUGAUAAUGGGAAGAGAAGUUGCCGGAAAAGAUUGGCUGAUCACAAUCGCCGACGUCGAAAAUCGAAUAAUCAACGGAUUACUUCUACUGCACCGUCUAUGUCUUCAGGGGAAAAUGCUCAAUCUUCUCCCUCCCAAACUAUUUUAAGGUCUCCAUCGGAUUCGGGGAUGAACUCAUCAUCAUCAGUGACAAUUGCAGUAUCACCGCCAAGGGUGUCAUUUGAUUCAAGUUUCAUGCAAGUAAGGUCAUUUGAGUAGCUUUAGCUAUCAUGUAUGUAGAGGCAAUUAAUCAAUGGGAAUUCAAUCAAAUGGUCAAGAAGAUGGAAUUAGUGGUAUUUCAAUUAAUAAGCUAACAUAGUUAGCUUUAAUUUGAUAGUUAAUUUAUUAAUUAACCAUGUGGAGUAGUAAUCAUUGUAUGUGUAAUAUAGUCCAAUUCAUCUAGUUAACUUAUGGUAGAAGAUCCAUGCUCCCUUUGUGCCGCCUUCAUUCGUCUCAAGGAAUGAGAUUACUCGUUGUUCAAGUUACGAUAAUCUAGUGUGUAGUCAGGGUAAUUUUAAAUAGCAUAUGUAUGUAUGUUAUUGGAAACACCAAUAUUAGUAAAAUUGUCUCAUUCUAUGUCAUUAUACAGAGUAUUAUAAA